UAUGAGUGCAGCCCACCAUUCCUCCAGCUCUCCUCCCAUUGUCCCGCCAGAGAAGAGAAGAAGACUAAUUAAAAGAGUGGAGACAGGGGGGGAGGAGGUGGGAGGGAGGAGACAGAGGAGCAACAAGCUUAAUUGAAAGGAGAGAGGUGACAGAGAAAAAAGAGGGGAGGGUUGAUUAGGGGGUGGGAAGCAGGGUGAGAGAGAAAGAGGGAGGAGAAAAAGAGGCAGAGAGGGAGGGAAAGGGAGGGAGAGCAAAAACUGGCAACUCUGCCAAAGUGCCCAACUGCAGUUUAGUGGCUUGUGUCACCCUUACUGAGAGGAGCCAGGAGACCAGUGGCCAGAGAGAGAGAGAGAGCGAAAAGAAGAGAGAGAGAGAAAAGAAGAGAGAGAGAGAGGGAUGCUGUAGAAGAGAUGUGUUAGCUUGGUUUAAUGCCAAGACUGUCUGUAUGGAUAUGGAGGUUUAAUGCCAAGACUGUCUGUAUGGAUAUGGAAAACUUCCUCUUCAUCUGUUGAAGUGGGCCUCCACCCAAACAGGCUAGUGACUCAGCAGCGGGGGUCUGCUUCAGGGAAGAGGACAAAGAUCCACAGAACCGUAAGGUGUCGAAAGUGAGACAGAGACCAAAGGUGGUCUAGCGUGACAAUUUUCUACCGAUGUGUGGAGGUAGGUAGAGAGGAGACAGAGAGAAAGUGACGAGAGAGGGAGAGAGAGACAGACACUCUGCCGUCCUGUGUUGGGACAGGAGACAGAGAGAGGGAGAGAGAGAGAGACACUCUACUGUCCUGUGUUGGGACAGGAGACAAGGAGGCACCAGGGACACACACCUUGAUACUCUCUACUCAAAUAGAACCAUCCAUUUUGAGGAGGACGAGGAGGAGGAGAGAGCGAUACGAUGAAGCGACCUCAUGACUACAGCUCUCCUGAAUCAGAGGCGGAAGAGCUGAUCGAUGUGGGCCAAGAGGACGGCUUCUGUCCUGUCACAGGGUCCAUGUCUCCAGGCAGCACCUCUCAGAUUCUGGCUCGUAAGAAGAGGAGAGGAGUGAGUUCACAUCAUUCUAUCUUCCCAGAGGUUGAAAAGGACCCUAGAAUUCUCUCUGGACUUGUGUUGUCUAUCAUCGAGAAGAGACGGCGUGACCGGAUCAACCACAGCCUGUCUGAGCUCAGGAGACUGGUGCCCAGCGCCUUUGAGAAACAGGGUUCCUCAAAACUGGAGAAGGCUGAAAUUCUGCAGAUGACUGUCGAUCAUCUCAAACUGCUGCAUGCCAUGGGGGGCAAAGGCUACUUUGAUGCCCAUGCCCUGGCAGUGGACUACCGGACGCUGGGGUUCCGUGAGUGUGUGGGGGAGGUGGUGCGCUACCUGAGCUCCCUGGAGGGCACAGAAUCAGUCGACCCAAUCGGGGCUCGGCUGGUGUCUCAUCUAAGCCACUGCGCCAGUGAGAUUGACCCCCUCCUGCAGAGCCCUGCUCUCCCUUUCCCUCCCUGGCCCUGGGGGUCCUUCCCUCCCCUCUCCACACCCCCCUCCCCUGCAUCCUCUCCCUCAUUCCCCACUGCCAGUCGACGGGACCUGGGCCCCCACACUGCCGCCGCCCUGCUGGCGUACCCCUCCCCAGGCCUGCGUGUGGCUCCUCUCCCUGGCACCGCAGGAUCUCUCCUGAGUGCUGGGUUCUCAGGGGUGCACCGGGUCCAGUUGAUGCCAUCGGUGGCACACAGACUGUCCCAGACAUCCUCUGAGGGUUCAGCUGGGGCUCCACCUAUUCAUGCUGUUACACGCUCUUCAUCUUCCUCUUCCCCAGUUCCUCAGCAGACUUCGUUCAGGCCCUUCAUCCCUGUGGGGUCUCCUCCUCCUCAGCGCAGGGACACAAGUGGCUCCAAUAAGCCUGGACAGAAUUGGGGGACGGAGAUCGGGGCCUUCUGACGCACCCUCUCCUGCCAUGGACACUGUGAGAAGACUGAAAAGAAAAGCUUGAUUGCCAUAUUAUGAACUUACUAUGCUUUGAACUAUAUUGACUUCACUCUUGAAUCUGAUCUCAGUAAUUCAGGAUAAGCAACUAGGACCAGAGGCUUGGCACCCUCUCACACCUUUCACUCCUCUCUCUCUAUUGGCUCUCUCACAAUGUGCUAUACACCCAAAGACCAACAGAAAGAACUCUUCCAAACAAAUACUUAACCAGAGCUCAUUUCAGUCAGGACCAUUUUUGUCAGAUAAAGAAAUGUCAUGCCAAUCUGAAUAAUGCAGCCUUGAGAGACAAACAUGAAAAAGGUGGAGCUGAGAAUGUAGUCACAUAUGAAGAGCAGCUUACUGCCGUGAAAUUCAAAGGCAGCUAGUCAAUGGACAAGGCAGUGUUCUCUCAUAUGGGUCUGAACUGGAUUGGUCAAUGUCAAGAAUCAGCUGAGUGGUCAGCUGAUUGGCAGGUCUGCCUGCCUAUACUGACGCGAUGCUGAAUAUUUGUUUUCCAUCAGGACUUUGAGCAGUGGCACCCCUGAAAACUAAAGGACUUGACUAAGUGUACUGUAACAUGGAAUGAACUGAGAUUUCAGUUCAGACAACUCUCUAAUCUUUAUUGUGAUUUUUUGUCAGUUAUUUUGUCAUAUUUACCCACUUUGAUGCAUUUCCUACAGUUUUUAUACAUGCCCUGAUAAAAAGUGUCCUCAAA